AUGAACCCUCCAGUAAUACCUCUUCCUGAUGAAAUCAUUCCAGGUCUUUGGUUGGGAAGCAAGCAUGUCCGAAUCGAUUUGAAAGAUUAUAUAUCAACCUGUUUCACGCAUGUUGUCGAUGCUUCCAACAGGCAGCUUCCAGAAUUGUCUUCGUCCAUCCCUGUCUUUCAUGUCAAGUUGACUGAUUCAGCUUUUUCUCAGCUGCCAUUGGAAGAAGUUUCAGAUUUUAUUCACUCAGCGCUAAAGUCUGACAGACAUGCAGUUGUUGCAAAGGAUGAAACGCAGCAACACGACACUGGCGUUCCUACAUCAAUAACGAAAAAGGCGAAUGUAUUAGUCCAUUGCAAUCAGGGAGUCUCCAGAUCAGCAGCUUUGGUCAUGGCAUAUCUGAUCAAAACACAUGGAUUCUCUCUGAAGGAAGCCUUCUUUCACGUGCAGAGUAAGCGAGAGGUUGCCCAGCCGAAUACUGGUUUUAUGAAACAACUGAUAGAAUUUGAACGAACGCAUCACAAUGGAGAGACGACGCUGUACCUAGGGUUUGGUGGCACGCUUCAGUGGAAGAAGGGUUAG